AUGCACGCGGGUGCAGCAGCAGUGAAGGCCAGGGCUGCCAAACCCCCAGCGCAGCCGCCACAGCAGCAAGCGCAGCAGCAGCAAACGCUGCAGCAGCAAACGCUGCAGCAGCAAGUGCUGCAGCAGCAGCCUGCUGCCAGCGACAAAGAGACACCAUGCAAAGGGCUCUCUCCUUCCCCCGAGCUCCUGGCCCUUUCCGACAAAGCGGGGUCCUUACAUCGCCGGUCGUUGUCCCGGGUAAGCAGCAGCAGCAGCAGCAGCAGCAGCAGCAGCAGCAGUAGCAGCAGUAGCAGCAGUAGCAGCAGUAGGAACAGCAGCAGCAGCAGGCAGUAUGCUGCUGCUGCACACGUAGGGCAGCUGCUGGAAAGGCAAAGUCCUGCUGCAGCAGCAGCCAACAGCAGCAAGCAAGUCCAUGUGAACAUAAUGCUGCUGCAGUCGAAGCAGGCUCCUGUAGCAGCUGCUCCAGGAGCAGCAACAGCAAAAGGGGCAGAAUGA